ACUUUACUCUCCUUAGCAGAGUCCUCAUAGGAGUCACACUCUUACUCACUACCAACCAAGUGAAACGGUUUUGCAUAAUCCUAGUAGGACUCUACUCUCCUUAGCAGAGUCCUCCUAGGAGUCUCAAGCCCAAGGAUAAUGAUUAUCCCUAAAACACCCUUAUCACUACAAGCCAAGUGAGAUGACUGAACCUUUACCUCGGCUGACAUUGCGGUCAACCGUGCUCACACAACAUUUCACAAACCCUAACAUUUUCACAACAUUUGUAAAUUAGAUGUAAAUUACGUACAUCUGAUGUACGUAAUUUACGUAAUUCCAAACCCUAACAUUUUCACAACACUGAUAAAAUCCUAACACAUUACAACCCUAACACAUUUAAUAAUUGACAUUUAAAACCCUAACAUUCAUAUUUUCAACCACACAUUCACAUUUUCACAAACACAAUAAAUAAAUAUAUAAAAUUCAGAAAAAAAGACAGAGCUAGAUGCCAUACCACAGAGAGAGAGAGAGAGCAGCGACGGAGAGUGAGAGCAGAGAACAGAGUGAGAGCAGAGAACAGAGGGAGAGCGAGAGCGACAGUGAGAGUUGAGCAGAGGGAGAUCGAGAGCGAGAGAGUGUGAGAGCAGAGGGAGAUCGAGUAUGAGAGCAAAAUCAGUGAAUCCAAAGUGUAAAAAACGUGAUUGGCUUGGAUGUCUUAUAUAAGUGUUGAGCAACAUUGAAAGCGUCAUUCCAAAUAGCGUCUUAUUAAGUGCACAGUGAAACUGCUAUUCCAAAUAGCGUUUUCUUCAGAAAAGGAAUGGACAGCGAAAGCGCUAUUUCAAAUAGCGUUUUCUUCAUGAACAGUGUAAGCGCGAUUUGAAAUAGCGUUUUCUUCAGAAAUUUUUUUACCUUAAAAGCGUGAUUUGCAACCACGCUUUCUUAAUUAAAAGCUUGGUUUUCAAUAGCGCUUUCACUAUUCAUCACAUUUUUGGCUCCAAACAGUGAAAGCGCGAUUUGUAAUAGCGCUUUAGCGUCCAAACUAGGCCUAGUUUGGGAAUUCCGUCCAAACUAGGCCUAGUUUGGAAAUUAAGAUACAAAAUAGGCUUAAUAUGGGAAAAGCCUCUGUUCUACGCACACAGAGCAGAUAAACGAGAGAGAGAGAGAGAGAGAGAGAGAGAGAGAGAGUAGUGACAUGGCUGUAGAGUCAAAACGCCUUGGGUGCGUGAUCGUGUCCGUGGAUGGCAGCGAAGAGAGCAUGAACGCCCUCCGAUGGGCUCUUGACAAUUUGAAGCUCCGUUCUCCUUCUCCUGACUCCUCCGGCGGCCACCUAGUCAUAUUCCACAUUCAAUCUCCGCCCUCCAUCACCGCCGGCCUCAAUCCCGGUGCCAUCCCCUUUGGGGGUCCCAGUGAUUUGGAGGUGCCUGCUUUCACUGCUGCAAUUGAGGCUCAUCAGAGAAAAAUUUCAGAUGCGAUUAUGAAACAUGCUUUGCAGAUUUGCUCCGAUAAGAACGUAAAAAAUGCCAAAACCCAUAUAGUUGUUGGGGAUCCAAAGGAGAAGGUAUGUGAAGCUGUUGAGGAAUUCCAUGCUGAUCUGCUUGUCAUGGGUUCUCGAUCUUUUGGUCCCAUUAAAAGGUUAAACAGGACAGAAACCACAUUGUAAUGAUGAAGCACUUUCAUGGUCUUUGGUGAAUCCUGUUCAGUUGAGUCCCAAAUCACACGGCUUAAGGGUACUUUUAUCGAUCACCAAUUCCUUCUACUAUAGUGGUAUACUAUUUCUUUAAUUAAUUUCUGGUGAGAUAGUUUUUAUCGUUCUGCUUGGUAUUUUUUUAUGCAUUAAUUGUUUGUUGUUUAUUGUACAUUUACUUUUUUGACAACAAAAUUUGUUGUGGUUGUGGCUCUGCAGACUUGGUUUCUGCAUAUUUCCAAUAAUGCUCUCUCUUGUAAAUUUCUGAAAGAAUUUUCCAUUAUCAUUAAUUAUUGAUUUUGAUGGUUUGCAA